AUGCGAGCUGCAAGAUACUAUGGCAAAGAAGACAUUCGCAUCGAGACUGAUGUGGAUGAGCAGAAAUGCGGCGCAGGACAGAUCAGGAUCGCCCCGGCGUACGUAGGGAUCUGUGGAACCGAUCUCCACGAAUACCUGGGUGGACCGACAUUCGCACCUACGAAACCACAUCCUGUGACACACGACACGAUCCCGAUCACCCUGGGCCAUGAGUUCUCCGGAACAGUCACUGAACUCGGCCCCAACGUGACCUCCUUCUCUGUGGGUCAACCCAUUGUUGUACAACCAACCAUCUACUGCGGCAAGUGCCAUGCAUGCAAAGCGGGCGUCGAGAACGUAUGCUAUAAUGGCGGCUUCAUCGGUCUCUCGGGUGGUGGCGGCGGCCUGAGUGACUCGGUUGUCGUACCAGAAAGCGCCGUACUCGCUCUGCCAGAUAAUGUACCCCUAGACAUCGGAGCGCUCGUCGAACCACUCAGUGUAGCAUGGCACGCAAUCUCUGCCGCUCCACUUACCCCAGACUCAGUCGUCAUGGUCCUCGGUGGCGGACCCAUCGGCCUGGCAAUUGUGCAAUGCCUCGUUGCACUAAACACCAAGACCAUCAUUCUCUCCGAGGUAUCAAGGGCGCGACAACGCUUCGCUCGCGAAUUUGGCGCGCACCAUGUUAUUGACCCGAAGACAUAUGAUACUGUUGCUAUCAGCAGAGAAUUGAGUGGACAAGAUGGACCUGACAUCGUGUUCGACUGCGCUGGCGUACCUGCAAGCCUGAAGACAGCAUGUACCGCAGUGCGAGCACGCGGUACUGUUGUCAACGUAGCUAUCUGGGAAAAGGAAGUGCCCUUCAACCCGAACAUGUUGGUUUUCCGAGAAGCGAAGUACACCGCCGUGCUUGGUUAUCAGAGGAAAGACGUACAAGCUGUUAUUGAUCACCUCGCUGCCGGAAAGUUGAACCCCAGUAAAAUGAUCACCAGCAAAAUUCAACUCGAAGAUCUCGUCGAAGGCGGCAUCAAAGCCCUGAUCAACGACAAAGAAAGCCAUGUCAAGAUAUUGGUCGAAGUAGGUGGAAUGGGACGUGUAGAUUCGGCUAUACAUUAG